UUUUUUUAUUUUAAGAUGGAAGAUAAUAUUGCUUCAUCCUCUGUUGGAGACCUGGAGAAGAAGUUGAAUUCGGCCAGACAGUCAUUAAUCUCGCUGAAUGACAACAUUCGCCGCCUUGUUGGAAGGGGCCAAAAGGAACCUAGAGUAGAGAAAUAUAAUCCAGAUAUCUCAAGUAAGAAAAAUGAGCAAAAUGAAGAUAAAACCAGCCAGCGUCACGACCCACUAAAACAAAAGCGGCGUACGCACGAUGGAAAAUUGGUAUUCAAUCGGCUUUCGGACAAGGACGAAAUGUGGUUACCAACCCCUCGGCUGAAUUCACGUGUAAUUCGAGAAUUGCCCUCGAGAGAGGAAAUUGUUGAGGCUCAAGGAAUCGAUUCCGAGUCGAGAGCACGCAAUCGUCGCAUGUUUGGUUCACUUUUGGGAACACUACAAAAAUUCUGCCAGGAGGAGUCCCGAUUGAAAAAAACCGAGGAAAAGAAAGCCCUCAUUGAAAAAAAAUUAGAAAAUCAAGAACAACAAGAAAGAGCUCUGCUUCAAAAGGAGCGUGAUAUGUUAUUUUUAGAUAGGAAGCGUAAACAACUCGAAAUCAGAUGUUUAGAGAAGAAAAUGGCACGCCUCAGAGACUUCAAAGCUUGGGAAUCAUCAGUGAUUCAUCAGCAAAAUCAAAUUCGUACAAAGAGCAAACCUCACAUAUAUUUUCAACCUCGAUUUCAUACGGUACAUACAGAGAAACUGCUCGCUAAAAGUAAAUGCGAGUUGGAAAACCUAUUGGAACGACGCAGGGAAGAUUUACAAAUCGAACUCCGGAGGAUUGAAAGCUCAAGUAACAUAGAUGACGACAGUGCUUUAGAUGACAGCAUAUAUGAAAAUAAAUCAAAUAAAGAGCCUAUGGAGAGCAACAUUCCAGACACAUGUGACAACAAUGCAAAGGAAGGUUUUCGAAAUGAGCGGAAUGAGGAUAUCCCGUUGACUAGUAGUAGUUUUGUAAUUCAAGAAGCAUGAAACUGAAUAAUUAUAC